AUGAGUGGUGAUGAGAACAAUCCUUCUCCUGGAAAUUCUACGCGUAAGCGUAGUGCUUCGGCGCUACACACGGGCCCGCGUAAAAAGGCGCAAGUCAAUUCAUCAAAUCCCCUGGUACUUCACGGCCGACACUUUGGUUGGACUGUAUUUGCCCUUUGUAAUUUCCCUGCUCUUCUGACUGCUGGUAUACUACGACUUGAAGAAUUACAGGACACCCUCAUCGAGGAUUAUCCAGCAGAUGUCCGAUGUGAACAUAGGGUGUUCGUAGAAUUAAUAGAUUCCUAUUCUGGUCUUUUAGCUCGUCUAACCGACGGCGAGGAGGAGGAUAUUAUUCAUGUGGGAGAAUUACUAGGUAAAGGAGCAUCUGGUACCCUUAAAUCUGCUGUCCUGGAAUGGCUUAUGCCCAGAGAACAGCCACUUAUACCUCCCCUCUCCCAGAAUAUCAAAUUGGACUGUGGGUUCAAUCAUGAAGUUACCAGUAGGUUGCUCUGCCCCACCGGCCUUGACUGGUCAGACGGGUUCAAACAUGUUUUUACGUCUCCGAGCUCGGUGAAUAAGGAGCCCAAGGCUAUGCGCUCUGGCAACGCUUACCUGCAUGGUAUGAAAUCUGUCACUAAAGGCUCUCUAGCUUAUGUUGCUACACAGAUUUGGUUUGCCCUAAGUUCAUCAUCAGUAUUUUCCCGUACCGACACGGUCACGGACUCGGAAAAUUUUUAUCAUAGCAUUCUUGAUUUACUAGAGGAUCCUGACGAAAUUAAGGAGGUUACUGACCUGAUGAUGUGGUGGACACGUCACAUAUUGCCUAAUUCUUCUUCCCCUCAGCGCAGUAUCAGCAAAAACAGCGCGCUGGCCAAGAUUCGGGAAAAAUGUGCUGCCUUUAGACAUGCUCGACAGAAAAUCCUCAGCUUGAUAGUGUAA